UAUAAAGAAACCCAAAUAUAAGAUGUUGGUUAAAACAUAAUUUCAACAGCUAAUAAAAGCAUAAAUAUAUUUUUUUGGUUUUGUGAUUGAUUAACUGAAAUUAAAAAAUGGUGAUUGAACUGUAUCAAGUUCCCAUGUCUGCUCCUUGCCGACAAGUAAUGAUGGUUGCUAAAAUCCUUAACCUUCAUAUUGAGAAACGCGUUAUGGACCAAACUGUUUACACAAGUCCUGAAUUUCUGAAGAUUAACCCUUUCCAUUGUAUUCCAACCUUGGUCGAUGACGGAUUUGGUUUGUGGGAAAGUCGGGCAAUCAUGACUUAUUUGAUCAACAAGUAUGAACCUGAAAGUAGUCUUUAUCCAAAAGACAUUAAAGCUCGUGCAACUGUCGAUCGAUGGCUUUACUGGGAUACUGGUUCACUUUAUUCAACACUUUACUUCUACUAUACUCCUAUUGUACGCCAAGGAAUCAAACCAGAUCCAGCAGUUGGUAAACUUUUCUUGGAUAAGGUUAUGCUUCUGGAUGAGGCCCUUGCAGACACCAAGUACCUGUGCGGAGAUACCAUUACUUUGGCAGAUCUCACCGUAAUGACUAGCAUAACGACUGCUCAAGCUACAGACUUAGAUCUUAGUUCAUUUAAAAAUGUUGACCGUUGGUUGAAGCAACUGGAAACUAACUACGCUGACUGGUGGAAAGAGUUGGUCACUGAUCCUGUCAAGGAAUUUCGAGAUUUUCUUCAAAGUAAACUUUAAAUGAAUUGAUCGAUUGUUAUUAAAUUAUCAUCCACCCUCUGGUUUGUCAAAUAUGAUAGAGAAAUAUGUAUAAUUUUUUUAAAAUUAACAAAUUAUUGAUUGAAUUGUUUA